GCUUCCAAGCUCAAUACAGAUUUCUAGAGAAAUAUUUACUCAGAGAAGUUUUAUCAUUCUGGUUUACGACGUCAAUGGAUGCAUUAUCGGAGUUUGUUUUCGCGCCGCCGCCUUCACUGUUCUUGAACGUGGUGACGGUGGUGAUCCCGGUGGUGGUGGCGAUGUUAGGACUUUCCGAAGCGAGGGGAAGGCAUUUGCAGUAUUCGAAGUUCUGGAAUGCGAACAGUGCUCCGAAAUCGUUGGAGAAGUUCAAGCUGCCGUCCUGGUUAGGGAUGCUAUUGGCUUAUACUCCGGCGUUAUUGGCUGGCGUUUUGUCGUUGUGGUUCUUUCCGAAUGAGGAUCGGAGGACGCUUCUGCUGAAGUCCGCACUCACCUUGCAUUUCUUGAAGAGAGACCUUGAGGUACUGUUUGUUCACAAAUACAGCAGCAAAAUGGUAUUUGACACAGCAAUUAUAAUCUCCUCCAGCUACUUCUCCUCUACAGCACUCAUGAUCUACACUCAACACCUAUCAAAAGCGCUUCCUGAACCAUCCAUUGAUCUGAAAAACAUUGGACUUGCUUUGUUUCUAAUAGGCAUCAUUGGGAACUUCUACCACCACUUUCUCUUGUCCAAAACCAGAAAACAAGGAGAAACUGGCUACAGAAUUCCCCAAGGAGGUCUCUUCAACACUGUGAUCUGCCCUCACUAUCUGUUUGAAAUCAUCGAGUACUUUGGAUUUGCUUUCAUCUCUCAGACAUUCUUCUCGCUCAGCUUUGCCUUUGGUACUGCUUUCUAUUUGGCUGGGAGGAGCUCUGCCACUAAGAGAUGGUAUGCCUCCAAAUUUGAGGACUUCCCCAACCAUAUCAAAGCCCUUCUCCCCUUCGUAUUUUAGCCUUUCAAAUAGUUGUGUAUCGUAUUUUAAUUUUCUUUUUUAUGAGUGUAAUGUUUUAACAGAUGAAUUAUGUUUAAAUUUACGAUA